AAAGACACUGAUCAAUCCUCUAUUUCUGUCCAUAAUCUCUCAACUGCUGGCAUUUGAACACCUAAUUCUACAUUUUCUUUCCACCAUAAGCCACGAUGCGUUUCCCAACCGUCGUAAGCCUUCUUCCUUUCUUGAUCACAGCUGCUCUUGCCCAGCAAAAGGGUGACAAGGGGGAGUGUCGAAAUGACGCCGACUGUAUCCGAUGCGUGAAUGGCGUCACACCACUCAUCUGCAAAACUGAUUCAACCUCAACAACUGGUAAAAGAUGCGGUGUUACAGGCGGCCCUUGUCGACCACUCAAUUGAAAUAGCACAGAGGAGGCAGUUGAGACAAAUAGAUUGGCCUACUGGGCUGCGUACAAAUGAUUUCACAGCAAUAUAUACAACAGAAACCUAGGCAGAAGUUGAGAACCGUUCAUGUGCUUGUUAUCCAUGAAUAGUCACUUCACUUCACGUUGCAAUCGGACCUUGUUAAC